AUGUUGCUAGCCACGAUUAAAACACCUGCUCUGUUUGACAUAAUCUAUCUAUCUAUCUAUCUAUCUAUCUAUCUAUCUAUCUAUCUAUCUAUCUAUCCUUUUAAUAUAAUAUUUAAUAUUAAUUUAUUUUCCACUAUCUAUCUAUCUAUCUAUCUAUCUAUCUAUCUAUCUAUCUAUGUCUUCUAUCUAUCUAUCUAUCUAUCUAUCUAUCUGUCUGUCAGUCUGUCUGUCUGUCUAUCUAUCUAUCUAUCUAAGCUAGCUAGCUCAUUCUCUUCCUCCUCUUAUCAUUUCCUUUUUUUUGUUUGUUUUGUUAUCGCCAUUUUUAUUUCGCCGUUUACUCAUUUCUUCUCUCUUCCUCUCCUUUACUUCUUUUUUUUUCCAUUGAAGAUUCCUUAUAAUUAUCCUUCUUUUUUGUUGAAUGCUAUUGUUCUACAAUUCUUCUUCUCUUUUUGCUCUUUCUAUCUUUCUCUUCUUGUUUGUCUUUUUUUUUUUAAAUCUGUCUUCUGUUUCACUUAUUUUUCCAAUCAUUUUUAUUUAGUCAUUUCUUCCACUCUUCUCCUUUCUUUCUUAUUGAGCUUUCUUUCACUUAGCCAUUUCUUUUAUUUCUUCUUCCUCUUCUUCUUCUUCCACUUCUUCUCUAAUCUAUCUAUCUAUCUAUCUAUCUAUCUAUCUAUCUAUAGUCUCUUACAACACUAUCUAUCUAUCUAUCUAUCUAUCUAUCUAUCUAUCUAUCUAUCUAUCUAUCUAUCUAUCUAUUAUAUACCAUUUCCAUCUCGCACGCCCUCCAAAUUUACAAACUUAAAAAAGGAUGGCUCAAGAUCUCUAUCUAAAGACCGUCCCACCUCUACCAAUACCCCCAUUACCCCAAAGCCUUCUUCAGUCAAAAUUCCCGCCUGCGCCCCUCCAAUAUCAGAACUAUCUAAAAGACAAAGGAGCCCGUCUCUUGAUACAGCAUAA